UAUUUUAUUUCAAACUAUUUAUGUUUAGAAGUUGAUAUUAAUUGUCUAUAUCUAUUAGUUGUAGUAGCAAUUGAAUUUUAAAGUCAAUUGCUAUUCUUAUAGACGAAACAUCUGUUCAUUCAAUUGUACAAUAUGGUACUGGAAGUGCCUGAUCAAGCGCAAAUACCAACUCAAUCGCAAUUGCCUAACGGCAAUAAGGCUGAUUUGACCGAUGCUUCAACCGCGAACCGAGAAGUAAAGAAAGAUUUAAAUACAACUUUUAAUCAACCAAUUGUUGGAUCAGGAGCUGUACCUGCAGUUGAACCACCUAGUAAACAAGAAGUAAGGGAGUCUGAAUCUGAAUCUAAAGCUAAAUCAAAUGAAUCAACUUUACCACCUCCACCUAAGAAAUUGAAAAUUAGAGAUCAUGCAACUUUCUCAUGGGAAAAUGUUGGACCUUGGGAUAUUGAAUCUUCUGAUGAUAAAGCUGCUUCAUUAAAAUAUAUUAAAAAUGUUGAAACUUAUAUUACUGAUCAUUUUUAUGGAGAUUGGUAUUGGAAUUGUUCAUUAAUUAUUGGUACAUGUUUCUUUUCUUGGCUUGUUGCAAGACUUGGAGGAGGGAUUUUAUCACUUGGAUUAGUAUUAUUAGGAACUAAUUCUGUGUAUAGAUUAGAAUUCAGAAGAUUUAAUAGAGAUAUAAGAGAUGAUAUGACAAGAAUUCAUGCUAAUAAUAGAUUAGAUAAAGAAGUUGAAACUAUGGAAUGGAUGAAUUCAUUUUUAGAUAAAUUUUGGGUUAUUUAUAUGCCUGCAUUAUCAGAACAAGUUAUGUAUCAAACUAAUUUAGUAUUAAAAGAUGCUGCACCUGGAUUUGGAAUUGAUAAAUUAUCAUUAGAUGAAUUUACUUUAGGUUCAAAAGCUCCAAGAGUUCAUUCAAUAAAGACUUAUCCAAAAAAGGCUAAUGAUAUAAUUGAAAUGGAUUGGAAUUUUUCAUUUGCUCCAAAUGAUACUGAUGAUAUGACUAAAAAUGAAAUUAAGAAAAAGAUUGAUCCAAAAGUUGGAUUAGGAGUUACUAUUGGUAAAGCAUUUGUAUCAAAAUCUUUACCUAUUUUAGUUGAAGAUAUGUCAUUUAAAGGUAGAAUGAAAAUUAAAUUAACAUUAAUUGAAAAUUUCCCUCAUGUUAAAAUAGUCUCAGUACAAUUUUUAGAACCUCCAACCAUUGAUUAUGCUCUUAAACCAGUUGGUGGUGAUACACUUGGACUUGAUAUUAUGUCAUUUAUUCCUGGUUUAUCAUCAUUUGUUAAUGGGAUUAUUCAUAUGACUUUAAAACCAAUGUUUUAUGCUCCUAAUCAUUUUGAUGUUGAUGUUGAAGAAAUUAUGGCUCAACAAUCAAAUGAUUCAAUUGGAGUUGUGGCAGUUACCAUUAAAAGAUUAACCAAAUUAAAAACUGGUCCUAAUACACCUCCAAAUAGUAUUAAUCCUUAUGUACAAAUUAAACUUGGUAAUAAUUAUGAAAUUGAUGAAAAGACCAAUGUUAAGAAAUUGAUUAAUGAUCCAAUUUAUAAUGAAACUAAAUAUAUAUUGGUUCAAUCAUUAGAUGGAAAUAAAUUAAAUUUUAAUAUAUUUAAUUUACUUGUUGAUAAAGCUGAUGAUCAAUUAAUUGGUAAUACUGAUUUUGCCCUUGGAGAUUUAUUACAACAAGAAGUUCAAACUGGAUUAAUUAAAAAUAUUACUGAAGGAGGUAAAUCUGUUGGAAAAAUUGAAUUUGAUGUUCGAUAUUUCCCAACUUUACCACCAUUAGAAUUAGAAGAUGGUACCAAAGAACCAGUAACUGAUACAGAAAUUGGGAUUUUAAAAUUAAAUUUACAUGAAGCUAGAAAUCUUGAACUUUCUGAUUCAUUUAUUGGAUUAUUAAAUCCUUAUGCCGAAAUUUAUAUUAAUAAUGAAUUAAUUAAAACUUGUCGUAAAUUAAGACAAACUAAUGAACCAUCAUGGGAUCAAUCUAUUGAAACAUUAAUUACUGAACAAUCUCAAACUGAAAUUCAAGUAUUAGUUAAAGAUUCAGUUGAUAAUAAUAUUGUGGGUAAAUUAGAUGUUAAUUUACAAGAUAUUGUAUUUGAAACUAAUAGAGGUCAACAUUGGUUAACUUCAGCUCCAAUAAAAGAAGGAGGAGUUGAACCAAGAUUUAGAAUUACUGCUAGUUGGAAAGCCUUAGGUAUGAGUGAUGAUACACUUGUUAAAUCUCAUCAUACUUCAUCAAUUGGUGGUUUAAGAUUACAUUUACGUUCAGCUAAAGAUCUUAAGAAUUUAGAAGCUGUAGGUAAAGUUGAUCCAUAUGUUAGAGUCUUAUUAAAUGGUAAAUUAAGAGCUAAAACUUUAAUAUUUCCUGAAACAACUGAUCCAUUAUUUGAUUCAGUAUACUUUUUACCAGUUUCUAAUGAACAUCAACACUUUUUACUUGAAAUUAUGGAUUAUGAACCAGAAGGUAAAGAUAGAUCAUUAGGUAAUGCUGCUAUUAAUGUUAAAGACUUUUUAAAGAAGGAUGAUAAGGGACAUUUCUUGGCUUAUGAUGGAGCCGAAGAAAUUAUUGAACAACCAGUUAUAUUUAAUAAAAAACCCACUGGUACUUUAAUUUAUUCAAUAUCAUUUAUUCCAACCAUUCCAAUUUAUAGUCAUCAUGAAAUAGUUAAUAAAGAUGCAGUUAUUGCUGAAGUAAGAGCUAAAAAACUUAAAGCUGCUAAAAAGAAAGAAGCCGAUGAAAGACUCUUUAGACAAAAUCCAAAAGAAUAUGAAUGGGUUGAAGUGGCUGGAGAUGAACUUCCUGCUCCUGAUAAGAUUGAAAUGCCUUUAGAAACUGCCAUUAAAUAUAGAGCUGGAGCUGUAACUGUACAUCUUUUAGGUGGUACAUUUGAUAAACCAGAUAUUGUAGUCCAUACUUUAUUUGAUGAUCAAGCUUAUUCUUCAGGAGUUUCUCCAAGAUCAGAAGGUAGAGUUUUAAAAGUAUCAUCAACUGGUGAAGGAUUUAUUAGAGAUUUACCUAAUUCUAAAAUAAUUUUUAGAAUUGCUAAGAAAUUCGAAGUUAGUUAUCAAAAUGAUAUUCUUGCUGAAAGAAGUUUUGAUACUCUUGAUAUUUUGAAAAAGGCUUAUGAUAAACCAUUAAAUAUUAAAAUUGAUGAUCGUAAUUCUAUUCAAGUUCAACUUGAAUAUACUCCAUCUACAGUUAAAUUACCUCCUAAAGAUACUGUUUUAGAUGUUGGAUUCCUUAAAUUUGAUAUUAUUGGUGCUGAAGAUUUAAAAUCGGUUGAUUCAAAUGGUAAAUCUGAUCCUUUUGUAACUAUUUCUGUUGAUGGAAUUCAAUUAUUUAAGACUGAUAAAAAGAAGAAAACUUUAAAUCCAAUUUGGAAUGAAAGUACAGAAAUUCCUAUUUUAUCUAGAUCAAGACAAGUUGUAUUAUUAGAAGUAUUUGAUUGGGAUUUAACUCAUGAUGAUCGUAGUCUUGGUAAAGCUAAUUUACAAGUAUCUAGUGUUGAACCAUUAACUAGUACUGAAUUCCCGGUUAAAUUAGAUACUCAAGGUAUUGUUAAUUUGAAAGUUACUUUUAGACCAGAAUAUAUUAGACCAAAAUUAAGUGCUCGUCCUGGUUUACCAAUUGAAUUAGGAGCAGUUGCUGGAGUUCCAUUACAACUUGUUGGAGGAGCUGCUGAUUUGGCUGGUACUGCUCUUGGUAGUGGUGCUAGUAUUGCAACUGAUAUUGGUGGUAAAGGUUUAGGUAUUGCUAGUGAUAUUGGAGGUAAAGGUUUAGGAAUGGUUGGUGAUGUGAGUGGUAAAGGUGGUUCAUUCCUUAAAGGAUUUAGUAGACUGAAGAAAACUAAAAAGACUAAUGGAAGUGAUGAUGCUGAUAGUACAUUUGAUAAUUCUGAUGUUGGAUCUACUUAUAGUCAAGGUAGUAAACUGAUACCAUCAACACCAGCCAAAAGUACUAAAGGAAAUGUAAUUGAACCAACUACUCCUAAAUCUCAAUAUACUAAUGAUUUACAAAGUUUAAGAUCGGGUCAUCCACCACCAAAUGCUACAGUAGCUGGACUUGAAGGUUUACCUCCUCCACAACGUCCAUCAUUUAGUCAUACUAGAAAUGCUAGUGGAGGUAAUUCAGAUGCAUUAAGUUUUGUUGCUAGUAUUAAUGGACCAGAUGCUAUUCCUGGUAGAAUUAAUAUUAUUAGUGCUUCUGGAGCUAAAGGUUCAUCAUCAAUUGAAGCCAAAGUUAUAUUAAAGACUUCUACUCGUGAGAGAGAAUUAUUUAAGACAAGACCAACUAAAGUAGAAAAGGGUACUGAUACCUUAAAAUGGAAUGAAAGUGUUGCAUUUAAGGCUACUACUCUGAGUGAACUUGAAUUCCAACUUCGUGAACAUCAUACAUUUGGUAAGAGUGUUAGUUUAGGUUCUACUUCAUUACCAUUAACUGAUGUUCUUAACCAUAGUGAUAAUAUUGAUGUUACUGUUGGAAAUGUCAAAUUGACUUUGAACAUUAAAUAUUUUGGUUAGUUAGUUAAGAAACAGAAAAGAAAAGAAAAGUAAAAAUAAGACCGCCAUUUGAGUCGAGUUGUAUUAUUUAGUUUAUUUAGUUUAUUUAGUUUAUGUUUAGUUUGUUUAAGUUUGUUUAAAUUUAGUUUCUUAAUAAUAUUAGUUAUCGUUACAUUUAUUAUUGCAGCU